CUUAUAAUAUAAUCAAGUUAGUAAAUUCAGUGUUUCAGUUAACCUCGCUACCCCACCUUCAGGAACUAUCUAAUAUAACUCUAAAGUGGUGACCCCGACUGAACAUUGGUAGCGUAGGUUGUUAUUCGGACUUUUGUGGUUUAUUGUUACGUGAAAAUGACCACUGAAGAGAAGACUCCGGCAGCCUUGCAACUACAGGACAUCGUAGUGCCACGCUCCGCCGAGGUCAUGGCGAUCUCGGUGUCGAGCCGUAUUCCAGACUUCUGGGUUGACCAGCCCAGAGUAUGGUUUAUACGCACGGAGGCCGUUUUAACGCCACAGAAGAUAGGCGACGACGCAAAGUUCGACAUGGUGGUGUCCAAGCUGCCGAAGGAAGUCAUACUCCGACUUACGGACUUCCUAACGAACCCACCCUCCACCAACAAAUACCAGGAGCUGAAAGCCAAGCUGUUGAAGAUGCUAGAAGACUCUAAGAACAGGCAGGUGGAGAAGGUCCUAGGAGAAAUGGAUCUAGGAGAUCAAAAGCCGUCGCAGCUAUUAGCUAAGAUGCGCAACUUAGCUAAGGAUAGCUUUCCAGACGCGACAUUGAGAAUAAUGUGGCAAAACCAUCUGCCCACGGCGGUGCGUGCAGUUUUAGUAGCGUCCAGAGAGACGGACCUUGACACGUUGGCCAGCAUUGCCGAUGACGUGUCAGAGGCUACAAGAAACCCUCACGUGGCAGCAGUGGCGGUACCACAGGGCCAGGGGCACAGCGCGCCAGCGAGAACCUCAGGAACUGCAGAUACAGCGGUGAUACUAGCGGAAAUCGCCAAACUGAGUGUCCGUAUGAUGGAUUUGGAGCGUUCGAGGCCAAGGACACGGAACUUCGGACGCAGAGUUAGAGGAGCUCGAUCCACAUCCAGGCACAGGAGUGGAACUCGCCCACAAAAGAGAUCAUUGUAUUUUUAUUAUAUAUUUUUUUUUGUUUCAAAAAAAGGGGGAAGUAAUAUAGGGACAUUUGCCAAGUCAGCUCAUAUUCAAGUGCGCGUGUACCGCGAUAUGAGCUGACUAGGCAGUGCCCGCGGCUACAGUGCGGGCCCCCCCGCUAUAUGUAAGUCAGUCUCGCCUUAACCAUCAGUCAUGUAACACCUGACAAUUGUAACAAUUCUUCAUGUACUUAUAAUAUAAUCAAGUUAGUAAAUUCAGUGUUUCAGUUAACCUCGCUACCCCACCUUCAGGAACUAUCUAAUAUAAC